UCUCUGCUUGUCAAAAGGCUGCUGCCGAGCCCGAAGCACCGGGAGCGCCGAGCAGCGUGUCCACCGCCAGACCAGAGUUCUUUCGGUCGGACAGAUUUGUGAGACUUCCCAGGAGAAGACCCUUGGGCUCUGCUCACACCCCUGCUCCUUCAGGGAUGGAGGCGACGGCAGCCAGCACUUCCCUGCCUGACCCUGGCGACUUUGACCGGAAUGUGCCUCGGAUCUGUGGAGUGUGUGGAGACCGGGCCACGGGCUUCCACUUCAAUGCUAUGACCUGUGAAGGCUGCAAAGGUUUCUUCAGGCGGAGCAUGAAGCGCAAGGCUCUGUUCACCUGUCCUUUCAACGGAGACUGCCGAAUCACCAAGGACAACCGGCGACACUGCCAGGCCUGCCGGCUCAAACGCUGCGUGGACAUCGGCAUGAUGAAGGAGUUCAUCCUAACAGACGAGGAAGUGCAGCGUAAGAGGGAGAUGAUCAUGAAGAGGAAGGAGGAAGAGGCCUUGAAGGACAGUCUGAGGCCCAAGCUGUCUGAGGAGCAGCAGCACAUCAUAUCCAUCCUGCUGGAUGCCCACCACAAGACCUUCGACCCCACCUAUGCUUACUUCAAGGACUUCCGGCCUCCUGUUCGUGUGGACAAAAGUACAGGGAGCUAUUCUCCAAGGCCCACGCUCAGCUUCUCCGGAGACUCCUCCUCCAGCUCUGAUCUGUACACCACCUCUCUAGACAUGAUGGAACCAGCCAGCUUUUCCAGCCUGAAUCUGGACCUGAAUGAAGAGGAUUCUGAUGAUCCGGCUGUGACCCUGGACCUGUCUCCUCUCUCAAUGCUGCCCCACCUGGCUGACCUGGUCAGUUACAGCAUCCAAAAGGUCAUCGGCUUUGCCAAGAUGAUCCCAGGAUUCAGGGAUCUCACCUCCGAUGACCAGAUUGUCCUGCUUAAGUCAAGUGCCAUUGAGGUGAUCAUGUUGCGAUCCAACCAGUCUUUCACCAUGGAUGACAUGUCCUGGGACUGUGGCAGCCAAGAAUACAAGUAUGACGUCACUGAUGUCGCCAAAGCUGGGCACACCCUGGAGCUGAUUGAGCCCCUCAUAAAGUUCCAGGUGGGGCUGAAGAAGCUGAACUUACACGAGGAAGAGCACGUCCUUCUCAUGGCCAUCUGCAUUGUCUCCCCAGACCGACCUGGUGUACAGGACGCCAAGCUGGUUGAAGCCAUUCAGGACCGCCUCUCCAACACGCUGCAGACCUACAUCCGCUGCCGCCACCCACCCCCGGGCAGCCACCAGCUCUACGCCAAGAUGAUCCAGAAGUUGGCUGACCUGCGAAGCCUCAACGAGGAGCACUCCAAACAGUACCGGUCCCUCUCCUUCCAGCCGGAGAAUAGCAUGAAGCUCACACCCCUUGUGCUGGAGGUCUUUGGCAACGAGAUCUCCUGACCAGGGUGGCCUGUAGUGGUGCCUGGGUAGGGCUGCUCCUCCAGGGCCCUGUGCCCAGGCCCUGGGCUGGUUGCAGCCCAGCAGUGCCUCCUGCCUGCCCCUUCUGGAAUUCAGUCCUUCCUCUGCCGUG